AUGAGUGCACAGAAGACCUCGGCCAUUGCUGACCAGGAGCCCGUUGACGUUCUCUUCGCUAUCCACGAAAAGUUCGAUCUUCUGGACUUUGCCGGCGCGCUCGAGGUCUUUACUACUGCUUGUCACGACUUCAAGGACCCUGACAACAACAAGGCCUUUGAGGUCACCGUCGUUGGCCCCGAGCCCAAGGUCCUCUCCGACCAGGGUAUCGUCGUUGGCGCCCAGAUCACCUACAAGGAGGCACACGAGCGCCUUGAGGACUUUGACAUCCUCGUCGUCGUCGGUGGUAACUGCAAGGAAGUUGUCGCCAAGGAGCUCCAACCCCUUCCCCUCAUUACCGACUUCUCAGAGCUUCAGAAGCGUGAUCCUGCCCGCGAGCGUACAAUCCUCUCCGUCUGCACCGGUGCCCUCUUCCUUGGCAAGCAGGGCAUCCUCUCCGGCUUGUCUGCCACCACCCACCCCGAUUACCUUACUACCUUUGAGAACAUCUGUAGCGAUGCUGCUACCGUGAACCUUCAGGAGCGUACCGAUGUGGUAGAGGACGCUCGCUACGUUGUCAACAACCUACGAUUCGAUCUCGGCGAGGACGAGAGCCCCUACAUCCGCCGCAAGUCCGAUGCUGGUCAGGGACGUCGCCCUUCGGCAGCCCGAAAGGGAAGCAUGUCGUUCAAGGACUCCAACACUCGCCGUGAGUCGAUUGUUCGUCGUGCCGCCAUGCGACUUGGUGGUCUCCGUGUUGUGACAUCCGGAGGUGCCAGCUCUGGCAUUGAUGCCGCGCUGUAUCUUGUCAGCGCUUUGAUUGAUGAUGCUACCUCGUUGGAAGUGGCCAGACGCCUUCAGUGGAACUGGAACAAGGGCGUUGUCGUCGAUGGUCUCGACGUCUAA